GCCGCCAAGCGGUCCUGUGCCCAGCCCCGGGCAAGAGGGGUUUAUUUGUCUACUCUGGGCGCAUCAGCCCCCGGAUUAGGGGAGCGCUUGAAGCCCCCCUCCUAUAACGCUUUCCUGGGCGAAGGAGGCCUUUGGGGAAGAGGGGCGCGUGGGGAAGCCCACGGGUGAAGCUCCUUGGAGCCAUGGAGCCAAAGCACCGGGAGCUGCUUGCUCAUUGUCAGCAGAGUCUGGCUCAGGCCAUGACUGAAGUGGAAGCCGUCCUGGGCUUGCUGGAGGCGGCCGGAGCCCUGAGUGCCGGCGACCGCAGGCAGCUGGAAGAGGACACAGCUGCGGCUGGAGGGGCUGGGGGCCCCGGCGCCAAGGCAGAGCUGCUGCUCAAGCUCCUGCUCUCUAAGGAGCGAGACCACUUCCAGGACCUUCGGGUGGCCCUGGAGAAGACCCAGCCUCACCUGCUCCCCAUCCUUUACCUGAACGGAGUGGCAGGGGCGACUCAGCCCUCGGAGAGUGCAGGAUCCACUUACAGUGUCUUGUCCAUCAUGCCCUCGGACUCAGAAAGCAGCAGUUCCCUCAGCAGUGUGGGCACAACUGGAAAGGCAUCCUCUCCUCCACCCCCCAGCACAGACAGCAGGCAGGCCAGUGAGAAAGUGGAGACUCUUUUGAUUCAGCUGAGAUUGAUCACCCGAGAGAGAGACGAGCUGAGGAAGCGUCUGGCCCUGUCAUCUCCUGGUUCGACUUUCGACGACUGCAGGCCAUACCAUAAGCUGAACCCUGACUAUGAGAGGCUCAAGAUUCAGUGCAUGAGGGCCAUGUCAGAUCUGCAGUCCCUCCAGAACCAGCAUACCAAGACCCUGAAGAGAUGUGAGGAGGUUGCCAAAGAGGCUGACUUUUACCACACUCUUCACAACCGACUCCUAAGCGACCAGGCGCAGCUGAAAGAGGAUGUGGACACACUGAGGCGGGAGAAUGGACAGCUGCUCCGUGAGCGGAACCACCUGCAGCAGUCGUGCGAAGACAUGAAACGGCUUCGAGAGGAGGACCAGAAGGAGAUCACUGAUCUCCGGGCCCAGCAGCAGCUGGUUUUGAAGGAGAACGGGUCAUCGGAGAUCCUUAACACACUGUAUGACACCGCCAUGGGGAAGCUGGAAGGGCUGAAGAAGGACUAUGAUGGAUUGAGAAAGCGGUACAAUGAGAAGGUGGCGAACCACAACACAGACCUGAGUCGGCUGGAGCAGAUGGAGGAGGAGAACAGACGCCUGCAGAAACAGACAGACACACUGGUGAAGCAGAGAGACACAUCCAUCCACUUCCAGCAACAGUACUCCUUAUCCCUAAGGCGAUUUGAGUCAAUGCAGCAGGAUCUCAGCAAGGCGACAGUCCAGAACAAGGAGCUUCAGCGGGAAAUGGAGCGCCUCCAGUCGGAGGUGACUCGAUUGAGGGCCAUGCAGCUGAAGGCCCUGAAGGAUGCGGAGAAGUACAAGGAGGAGCGGGACUCUGUCUUUAACGAAUAUCAGCUCAUCAUGAGCGAGCGGGACCAGGUCAUCAAGGAGCUGGACAAACUUCAGACAGAACUGGAGCUGGCGGAGUCCAAGCUGAAGAACACCACCUCAGAGAAGAGGGUGGCCGGUGAAGAGAUGGAGGCUCUGAGACAGGAGCUGAACUCAGCUCUGGUGGAAAGAGAUCGGGCAGUCUGUGAGAGGAAUGAGUUACUGGAAAAGUACUGCUACGAGGUGAAGGACAAGGCGGAAGCUCAAAAAGAGCUUGACCAAGCUUGCAAAGAUAUAGAGGCAGUGAAGGAAGAAAGAGAUGUGGCCAGGAAAGAGAGGACAGAAGCUAUCAUCCAGAGAGACCAUCUACUCAGGGAAUAUUACCAAGCUCGCCAGAUACAGGAUUCGGCAACCCUGGACAUCGAGAGAGCCAACAAAGAGAUCGAAAUGCUCCGGAAGCAGUACGAGGCCAUGUCCCAGGAGCUCAAAGAAGCCAUCCAGGAGGCGGAAGUGGCAAAAUGUAGGCGAGAUUGGGCCUUCCAGGAGCGAGACAAGAUUGUGGCAGAGAGGGAGAGCAUACGGACCUUGUGUGACAACCUACGGCGUGAGAGGGACCGAGCAGUGAGUGACCUGGCCGAAGCCUUGCGCAACCUGGAUGAUAUGAGGAAACAGAAGAACGAUGCUGGCAGAGAGCUUAAGGAGCUGAAGGAAAAGAUGGAGAACCAGCUGGAAAAGGAAGCGCGUUUCCGGCAGCUGAUGGCUCAUAGUUCCCAUGAUUCAGCCAUCGACACGGAUUCUAUGGAGUGGGAAACGGAAAUAGUGGAGUUUGAAAAGGACAGAGAGGAUAUGGAUUUGAAGGCACUUGGAUUUGAUGUGGCAGAAGGUGUGAAUGAACCCUAUCUCCCUGGGGAUUGUGGCAUUUUUGUCACUAAAGUAGAUAAGGGAAGCAUUGCAGAUGGUCGAUUAAGAGUGAAUGAUUGGCUGCUCAGAAUCAAUGAUGUGGACCUUACCAACAAGGACAAGAAGCAGGUGGUCAAGGCUGUUCUCAGUGGUGGAGGGGUCAUUAACAUGGUGGUCCGGAGAAGGAAGUCCCUGGGAGGGAAGGUGAUAACACCACUCCACAUUAACCUGGCUGGACACAAAGAGAGUGGCAUCAGCCUGGAGAACGGUGUGUUUGCUGCCGCUCUUGUUCCUGGAAGCCCUGCUGCUAAAGAAGGGUCCCUUACAGUGGGAGACAGGAUUAUUGCCAUUAAUGGCAUUGCACUAGAUAACAAAUCUCUGACUGAAUGUGAAUCCCUACUCCGGAACUGCCGGGAUUCCUUGACCCUCUCGCUAAUGAAGGUGUUCCCUCAGAGCUCUUCGUGGAGUGGUCAGAAUAUUUUUGAGAAUCUCAAGGACUCGGAGAGAGUGUUGAACUGUAGGCUCCACGGGUCCGAGGUCCAGGUUCAGAAUAAGCGGAACCUGACGCAGCACAACAGCUCCACGCAGACGGACAUUUUCCAUUUGGAGAGCCUGGAGGACAAGAAGGACCCGAGUGCCCCAGGGAGCAGUGGGGGCUCCUUCUGUGAGCACAAGCCCUUCCCCCGAGGGCCCUUGCAGGUCGUUGACUCUCAUCGGAGCUGCCACAGUGCCUCGGAGCACAGUCUCAGCUCCUUUAGCUCGGACCCCUAUGGGGAGCGUGGGUAUGGACUGGUGAAUUUGGGCAGUCGGAGGAUGCUGCCUCCCUUUGACGCUGUCAUCGGGGACUGUGUCCUAGUGGGAGCCACGCUAGAAGAGGCAGGGUCAGGGAUGAAACACAGUGGUGGGACCUGGCCCAAGGUUAUGGUCAAUGCCUCUUCAGCAGAGACAGAGAAAUUCUCCGUCUACAAGAAACCAAAGCAGAGGAAGUCAAUCUUUGACCCGGACACCUUCAAGCGCCCCCAGACACCUCCCAAAGUAGAUUACCUCUCCCCAGGCCCUGCACCUGCUCACUCUCCCCAGUCCUCCAAGGCAGAAGGGCCCCCAACUCCUCCCACCCCUCCCAAGAGGAGUGACUCCAUUAAGUUCAAACAUAGACCACAGGAUAGCUCUGGUUCAGAGACCACGCUAGUCCCCGGCUCUCCUUCCACCAGCCCACCAGCUGUCCAUCCCUCUGCCCCAGCCCCUCUGGGGCUCAAACAAAACUCCCCGCCUCACAAGGGCAGGGCUCGGAUUCCUGGGCACUACUACCGGGAAGAGGAAGGGGACUGUGCCCUCUUGCCUGGAAGGAAGGCUUGUGAAGAAGACGGAAGUUUCCAGAGAGGGGACGAUUCAGAUCUGAAGCGACCCCGGCCCAAAUCGGCACCGAUUCUUCGGCAUAAACUCACCCCAGUAACCAUUCCUAGCCAGUCGCUUCAGGCACAGAAAUACACUCCAGCCCCUGAUGAACACUUUACUCCAGAGCUCCAGGAAUGGAUCCCUUAUUCUCCGAAGCGGUCCUCCAGGCACAGUGAUGGCUUCAUCCCUAUUUACUCUGGUGGAGUAUCUGCAGGUACUGUUCCAAGGAAUUUAGCCCCCUGCCCUGCAGUGACUGCCAUCAUGAGGAACCCUAUCUACACAGCUUGGAGCCAUAGAGUUCACCCCAACAGCUGCCAAUCUGCUGCCAGUCAGAUGCACCAUCAGCACUUGCAUCCCAGCGCACAACACCAGGGCCGCCUGAGCCUGGACCUAAGUCACAAGCACUCCAGCGACUACGCAGAGACCUCAAGGACAAGAACCUCUCAUGGGUCCAACUCAUUACCAUCUAGUGCCCGACUUGGAUCUUCGAGUAACUUACAGUUUCGGACAGAACGCAUCAAAAUUCCGUUAACACCAAGAUACCCCCGAUCUGUCAUGGGCUCUGACAGAGGUUCAUUGUCCCAUUCUGAAUGUAGCAGCCCUAGCCUGAUCACUCCUCCCCAGUCACCCCUGAACCUAGAGACCUCAUCUUUUGCCAGCAGCCAGUCCCAGAGCUCACUCUCCACGCUGCCCAGGAUCGCCAUCAGUCCAGCAUCAAUAGGGGAGCGAAGGAAGGACAGGCCUUACAUGGAGGAGCCUCGCCAUGUCAAAGUGCAAAAGGGUUCAGAGCCACUGGGAAUUUCCAUAGUGAGUGGUGAAAAUGGCGGAAUCUUCGUUUCGAAAGUAACUGGAGGAAGCAUUGCUCACCAGGCUGGCCUGGAGUAUGGUGAUCAGUUAUUGGAGUUCAAUGGCAUUAACUUGAGGAAUGCGACAGAGCAGCAGGCGAGGCUGAUCAUCGGUCAGCAGUGUGACACCAUUACCAUCCUGGCCCAGUAUAACCCACACAUGUAUCAGCUUGGAAACCACUCCCGGUCCAGCUCUCGACUGGACCCCGUGAGCACUCAUUCCAAUCCACAGGGCAGUGGGUCUGCCACUCCAGACAGCCAUUCCAUCAUUGACACAGUGAGUGAGCAGGACGAGGGGACCAUAACGCCAACAUCCAAGCAAACCACACCUACCACCAGCCCUCGGAAUUCCAUCAGGAUCUUGGCAGAUGCCAACAAGAGAACUCCAGAACCUCGAGUUGUCAUCAUCAAAAAGUCCCAGGUGGAACUCGGUGUGCAGAUAUGUGGCGGGAACCUGCAUGGGGUGUUCGUGGCAGACGUGGAGGAUGGCAGUCCUGCCAGUGGUCCUGAGGGGCUGGUACCAGGGGACCUUAUACUUGAGUACGGUUCUGUGGACAUGAGGAAUAAAACAGCUGAGGAAGCCUACCUGGAGAUGCUGAAACCUGGGGAAAAUAUUCGUGUGAAGGUGCAGUACCGCCUGGAAGAUUUCAACAAGGUCAAGGACAUUCCGGGAGAUGGCUUCUACAUUAGGGCGCUGUAUGACCGACUGGCAGAAGUGGAUCAGGAGCUGAGCUUCAAGAAGGAUGACAUCCUCUAUAUUGACGACACCCUCCCCCAGGGUACCUUUGGCUGUUGGAUGGCCUGGCAACUAGAUGAGAAUGCCCAGAAACUGGAAAGAGGCCAGAUCCCCAGCAAAUACAUGAUGGACCAGGAAGUCUCCAGGAGGCACAGCAUGUCUGAAGUCAAAGACGAAAACAACUCAAAGACGUUGUCAGCCGCUGCACGGCGGUCCUUCUUUCGAAGAAAACAGAAGCAUAAACGGAACGGCUCUAAGGACAGCAAAGACUUGCUGUCUCUGGACACCAUCAGCACAGACUCCAUUCCCUUCCUGGAGGAUUCAGUCAGCCUGGUUUAUCAGCGGGUGCAGAAGGUGGACUGCACUUCUCCAAGACCUGUUUUGAUUCUGGGGCCUUUACUUGAUGCUGUGAAGGACAUGUUGGUGAAGGAGUCUCCUGGGAAAUUUUGCAGAUGUCCUCUGGAGGUGAUGAAGGCCUCCCAGCAGGCCAUUGAGCGAGGGGUCAAGGAUUGCCUGUUCAUUGACUAUAAAAGAAGAAGCGGCCAUUUCGAUGUGACCACUGUAGCAUCAAUAAAGGAGAUAACAGAGAAGGACUGCCACUGUCUCCUGGACAUUGGUCCACAUGCCAUUGAACGGCUUCAUAGCAUCCACAUCUACCCCAUUGUCAUCUUCAUCCGCUACAAGAAUGCUAAGCAGAUCAAAGAACAGAGAGACCCUAUCUUCCUGAGGGACAAAGUCACACAGAGAUAUUCCAAAGAACAAUUUGAGACAGCUCAGAAGAUAGAACAGGAAUACAGCAAAUAUUUCACAGGUAUCAUCCAGGGCGGAGCCCUUGGUAACAUUUGCACUCAGAUCUUGACGACUGUCGAUGAAGAGCAAAAUAAAGUCCUGUGGAUUCCAGCUUGCCCACUGUAGACGGACAUUUUGCUGUGAAAUGCAGAACAUAUUCUUCCAAUGUAAAUAGACAGCCAGACUUUAAAUAUUAUAUAUAUAUGCAAACAGUUCUUCAUGAAGGGGAUUGAGACACUAACACGGAUAACCAAAAGCACCUGCUUAAGUGGCUGAAUAAGACCGAACAAAGCCUUGGCCAUCGGAAUUCAUUUCUCUCUCACUUGAGCAUUUAUUUUCCUAGAGAGAGAGAGAGAGAGAGAGAGACUGACUGACUGACUUCUAAUAUGAUGGGGGUACAAGGUAGACCACCUUUUUUUUUUUUCUUUAGCCAGCAGAUUAUCAGUGCUGCAGAAAGAACCUUCUAGAUUCACAAGUUUACAAACCUUUUCUAAGUAUUUGGUUGUUUAUGUUUACUUGAAUGUCCUCGUGUCGUCGUGGCCUGUUGCCUUCUUGGUCCCUUUCUCCUGCCGUCCUCAUCUCUUACUCUCGUGUUUUUCUUGUUCAGUGUGUCUUUUUUUGUGCCUGUUCUCGGUGCAGCCACACUUUGGAAUCGAAGGGAGAGGGCACUGUGAGGUGGCUGGGGGGGCGGGGUGGGAAGAGGGGAGCGGACUGCGUGUUUGUACUGGAGUCAGUGAGGGUAGGUCCAGGGAAGGGGGGACUUGGUGGGCUUUGGAAACCUUUGGAAAUUCUCCUGGGAGCUCUGGAAUCAUCUCUUAGAUAAAUUUGCAGGGUGAUCCUUUUGCUCAGUUUUGGGUGGCAGAAUCAAAGGCGUCUCCUGUGCUUUGGAGUUACUUUAAAUUCCUCUGGUUGAAAUUGCUUCUCUCCUCCCUCCUCUCCACCACUCUACCUGCAUAGAUUUUAUAUUUAAAGACCAUAAUAUGAUCUGAUCAUUCUGAACUCGAUUUGUUAAGUAAUAAAAUAAUCAAUUUGGUUUGGGGGACUGGUAGUGUUGGGAGGAGGGGGAAAGCAAGGCAGUAAACUCGGUCCAAUGCAUGCUGUUCUGUCAUUUUUAAAAGUCUGUAAAUAUCAAUAGCUUUUACUGGUGCAAUUUUGCAGGAUAAUUCUUCUGCUUUGUUCCUUAGCGUCUGUAGCAGUCACAUAAUCUUGUUUUGUUUUGUUUAAAUUUGAUAUGAAAAUGGUCACAGUUUUGGGCUUUGGAUCAAAAGCCUUUGGUAGUGUUCACACUGUCUGGAAUCAGUCAAUAAAAACCAAGGGGUUUUUUCUAUUGCUUGCAACACUCAGUCACACUGUGUACCCAGCUCUGUGAUAAAGCAGCACAUUGGAUUUGCUUGUGCGCUUUGAAAGCUUGGGUGGGCCCUGGAAGAAGAUUGCCUCUCCCUUUCUCCAUCAACUAUUUGUUCUCUUUGUAGGUACUGUACUCUCUUUGGUUUAUCCCAGUUUAAUUUGAGGAGGCUUUAUGAACUGUUCCUAACAUUUCAUUUUUCUAGCAAGAGGUCUUAAAAAAAUUUUUUUUUAGUUUUAGACUACAGGCUGUAGUUUUGUGUUUUAUUUGCAUUUUUAAAAAAAUAAAUAAAAAAGGGAUUUUUUUUUUCCUUGCACACUUCCUCAAAAGAAAGAACUAUAUCAGUCCUGAAUUUUGUUCCUUGUUUUACAGGUACACAUUUUCUAGCUCAAAUUCCUUAAAAAAAUAAAAGUAUAAAAAUAUUUAAAAAAAUAAAAAUAAAAAAACAAACCACAACUGUAGAUUAUGUAUUGAUGCAUUACCUAAACAAAAUAGCUUUCAUAUUGAGGGGUAGCAGGGUUUUUGUUUGUUUUUUUGGUGUUUGUUUUUUCUUCCCCUGAGUUGAGGAUAGAGUUGGACUUUGGUACGAUUAAAACAGACAGGUACUGUUCUGACCAGGAUUUUCUGUACUAAAAAAAUGUCACUUUGUAUAAAAAAACCAAAAAAGUUAAAGAAACUGAUUAGUAUGAUAAAUAAAGGUCAAUUUCUGUA